CAAUUGACAGAUUUGAAUUUUGAUGACGGAAAGAAAAAGGUUAUACACAGUAAAAGAGGGAAUAGGCUGAUUAAGAUUUAUUUAUUAACCGUAUCUAAAUAUUGUUUAGGUGUUCCUAGUAUCUUAUUGUGUAGUGUAAUUAUAGAAUCACAGUUUGAGUUUUGUAUACAUUCUGGUAGUUCAAAUAAAGCAACGUGUCCUAGGUUAGGCCGUUGGUGAAACAUGUUAGUAUAUUUGAAAUAACAUGACUGAUAGGAAAAUGUGCAAGUUUUACAAUUUAAACGUGCCUGAACGUCGAUCUGGGGAGGGUGGGCAAGGUGGUGGCCAGAACCACGGCCACAAUGACGAGGAUGAAAGGAACACUGACGGGGCGACGCCGCCGCCCGUGCCGCCGCACGAGCACAAGCUCGAGUACAGCUACUGGAUGUGGUUCUCUCGGCGGCCGCCCGCGCGCGAGCUGUCCGCCUCCACCACUGGUUAUGUACAGGCGUUACGUCUGGUGGGUAGGGUGGCCAGUGUGGAGCAGUGGUGGGGGUUGUAUUCGCAUCUCGCGCGGCCGCACGAACUGCCGCCCCUGUCAGACCUGCACCUCUUCAAACUGGGCAUCAAGCCCAUGUGGGAAGACCCAGCCAACGUCAAUGGAGGCAAAUGGGUGGUGCGGCUACGUAAAACACAGACAGGACGCGCGUGGGAGGACUUGUGCAUGGCGAUGUUGGGCGAGCAGUUCAUGGUCGGGCCGGAGCUCUGUGGCGUCGUGCUGUCUGUACGGUUCCAGGACGACCACCUAGCGGUGUGGCACCGCACGGCGUCGGACACGGCGGCGGCGGCGCGCGUGCGGGACGCGCUGCGGCGCAUCCUGCAGCUGCCGGCCACCGUGCCCAUCGAGUACAAGGCGCACGGCGACUGCCUGCGCGCCUCCGCCUCGCGCGCCAACCACGACGACGCCGCCGCGCCCUCCAGCCCGCCCCCCUCCUCCUAGCCCUCUACCCAACACAACCACCCCCUAAAUUAGUCUCCAGCGGCACCGUCGCAAUAUCCACUCAAGGAUUAUGUUCUCUGACUUUCGAAACGCCUCGUUUUGUUGGUAUCGUGACGAUAGUGGUGCACAGUUCGGUACGCUAGCCGCGAAAUACUUUUGUUUGCUCCGAUACCGUUCAUAAAACUGGACUUGUGAUUCAAACUUGCAACUGUUGAAUUUUAAACAGUAACAAUUUUAGGAAUACCUUUGUUAUAGGCUAAAGUUAACCUUCACCCAAACUACUAGCUAGAAAAGUAUAUCAGAAGAUAUUGUUUUAUUAACUGUGAAUCUGAGGGAGAUGACGACUGCUGCCCACAAUAGUUCGCGCGGACGAGUCGCGGCGGGCCCGCGCUGCCGAUGUACAUAUAACACAAUUCGAAGUAAAUUAAACAAAUUUGUAAAAGCGGCGAACGUCGUGACUCCAAGCGCUCCACAUGCUACACAUUGUACAGUGAAAAGACCUGGAUUAUUGAGUAAAAAUAAAGAAUCAGAAUUUGUAUACUUUA